GAAUCAGUGAUUGUUUCGGCGUGAAGUCGUUAAGUCGGUAGAUAUAACGCUAGUGUGGAGGUAUCGCAUUAACCGACCACUAACUUUACACACAAAAAGCAAAGAAAGAGAGAACCAGCAGCAGCAACUUCAAUAGCUAAGCAAGUGUUCUAAAUGCAAACAAAAAAGUCUAUGUUUAAUGUAAAUAACUAAACAAUAAACGGAAAUAGGAAAUGCAUAGAUGAUAUUAACGACAAGCAAAUGCAGAAUAUUACCAAUUAACCAAACAAACGCACCCAAAAGUCGAAGAAAAAAUACACAAUUUAAGAAAUCUUAUAUAGAUAUGUAUAUUAUUACAUACAUACAUAUAAUAUAACGUCUGUACAAAUGUGUUUAGUGUGUAUGUACGCUUGUGUCUUUGUUUGAAACAAAACUAAAUAGUCGUUUGUAAAUUUAAGUGUAUUUCUCUGUGGUGCAUAUUCUUCUCCUCUUGUUAUAAGUGUACGCAAAUUUUGUAGACAAAAUAGAAGGAAAAUAAGUUUUCUUCCCUCUCCCAAAUUAACAAAAAAAAGAAGAAACGAAAAAUUAAACCCGUAGCUCGUUCUAUCUACCCCCAACGUGUUCUUCUUGUUCUAUUUAAAUAAGUCUGUAAUAUGACAAAUUGAAGUGAAAAUAAAAUCCGAAAAAUAUACUGUUAUUUUUCAUUUACAGUAGUAAACGGCAAAACAGCAAGAAACGUGUGUGCCAACAAAAAGAAUGGAAAUAUGAAACAAAUUACAACAAUUUAAAAUAAAAUUGAUAAAGCAGCUGCAGAGUGUUGUAACAAAUAAAUAAAUAAAACAUAAAGAAUAAAAUAAUAUUCAAUUGGCGUCCCGUCUGCAUUUGACGUUUAUUUAACACAGCUCCAGCUAACAUCUCAGUGCUCUCUUUCCAGCUCCGUGCAACUCGCAUGCUCUCUCUCUCCCUCUGUCAUUUCCCUUCACGUUUGUCGGUUUCUGUGUGAAAAUAAUAACAAACAUACAUUGUACACAACAAAUGUAAUUGUGUGACCGUUUUGCGAGAGAAAGAGAGCGCACAAUAACAGAUUCCCCUUUUAUUUUACUCAGCUGCCAACAGAUUGAUUGUUGUUUGUUUGUGCCGUUUAUCGGAGAUUGCCUUUGUUCUUCGUAGUCGUCGUCAUUGCAUAGUGCGCGGCUUAAUUGGUUGUGUAUAUGUGCUGCUGAUUUCCACAACCGGCGUUUUAACAUUAGAAAUUUUAUUAAACAUCAGCAACAACAACAAGAAAAUUGCAAAUAAAACAUCAAUAACAAACAGCAGAUAAAAAAUGUAUAGAAAUAGUAAUAAAAGAGAAAUUUUGUAAUUAUAACUAAAUGAAAAGUGAAAUACCUACCUACAUAAUAAAUUAAAAAAAUUUGAUGCUAAUGUUAAAAAUGUGUUAAAUAUUGAAUUGCAAAUUAGCAAGAAAGAAUAACAACAAAAAAUCCCACAGCACAAAGAAAAUAAAAUCUAUUGAAAUUCCGGCUAACUGUAAAACGUCUCUCUAACUCAACAACGCACCCACCCACUUACUUUCACUCACAACAUAAUUUGAAAAUAAUCCAAGUUCAAGAUUUGAAAUUUUCAAAAAUAAAAAUAAAAUUAUACCUGCACGAGCUUUUACUUACAUAAUUUGCAUUUACAUAUGUAUAUUUAUUGAAAUUCAAAAAAUAUAUCUACACAAAAAAUCAGGAAAAAAAUCCAACACGUCUAAAACCAUAAAGAACUUAGAGAUUUCUUAAUGGAAAAAAUCCGCGUGUGCAAUCAAAAACUGUGUAGUGUUUUCUUGACCCCUGAAUACUCGAGCUAGGAAGUGUUUAAGCACAUGUGCAAUUCUUUUGUGCUUUCCUCAUCGAUGUCACAGUGAAGGGGUGAGUGGGUUCGUGCAAAAAUAUCGAAUGGAAAGGAUUUAAUAUUGCUCCCGUUUUACAUUACAAAACUUACAUCACAUCAUCAUAAUUGCUGACAUCGCUGGAAAACAUCAUUUGUUUGUUUGAUUGUUAGUCGCAUCAACAGCAAAAGCAUCUGCAGGCGACGAAAAUAUUUUUUCUUCUGUUGCGGUAAAAUUCGAUGAGCGUUUCGAUGUCACUCGUACAAGGUGGAGCUGCUGGCGGUGCACCACAAGGUGCUAUUCUAGCUGCCGCCGCACCAUAUUAUCAGCCACCGGCUGUACCACAGGAUGUGCAACCAGAUCGACCAAUUGGUUAUGGCGCUUUCGGUGUAGUAUGGGCUGUUACAGAUCCACGCGAUGGACGUCGCGUUGCACUGAAAAAACUUCCAAAUGUUUUUCAGUCAUUGGUUUCAUCAAAACGAGUGUUUCGUGAACUAAAAAUGCUGUGCUUUUUCAAACAUGAAAAUGUCUUGUCGGCAUUGGAUAUACUACAGCCACCUCAUUUGGAUUUCUUCCAAGAAAUAUAUGUGAUAACCGAACUUCUUCAAUCAGAUCUCCACAAAAUAAUUGUUUCGCCGCAACAUUUAUCUGCCGAUCACAUCAAAGUGUUCCUGUAUCAAAUUCUACGUGGUCUCAAAUACUUGCAUUCUGCUCGAAUACUGCAUCGCGACAUCAAACCGGGCAACUUGUUGGUCAACUCCAAUUGUGUACUGAAAAUAUGCGAUUUUGGUUUGGCUCGCGUCGAGGAGCCCGACCAGACGAAACACAUGACCCAAGAGGUGGUAACACAAUAUUAUCGAGCACCUGAAAUUCUAAUGGGUGCACGACAUUAUUCCUCGGCGGUAGAUGUGUGGUCGGUGGGUUGCAUUUUUGGCGAGCUGCUGGGACGCCGUAUUCUCUUCCAAGCUCAAAAUCCUGUACAACAAUUAGAUCUCAUUACCGAAUUGCUGGGCACACCGUCGAGGGAGGAUAUGCGUCAUGCCUGUGGCGGAGCUCGAUCACAUAUGUUGAGGCGUGCCCCCAAGCCGCCGUCGUUUUCAGCUCUUUACACCCUAAGUUCACAUGCCACACACGAUGCAGUGCAUUUGCUAUGUCAAAUGUUGGUAUUUGAUCCUGAUAAGCGUAUUUCUGUGACGGAUGCAUUGGCCCAUCCAUAUUUGGACGAAGGACGUUUGCGUUAUCAUUCAUGUAUGUGUAAAUGUUGUUUCACCACACCGGCCGGCAUGAGACAAUACACAAAUGAUUUUGAGCCUUCAGCCGGUCAGGCAUUCGAUGAUCUGUGGGAACGAAAACUGACAUCAGUACAACAGGUUAAAGAGGAAAUGCACAAAUUCAUUGCCGAACAAUUACAGACGGGCCGUGUUCCACUGUGUAUAAAUCCACAAAGUGCAGCAUUCAAAAGUUUUGCCAGUUCAACAGUGGCACAUCCUUCCGAAUUGCCACCAUCACCCCAUCAAUGGGAAUGACGGCAAAAUGAGGCCAUAGCAGCCUAAAAUUUUAAAUUUUAAAUAGUCCAUAGUAAUGCAAACAAGAAAAAAAUAAUAAUAAAAUGCCAGCAAAUCUACAAAAUACAACUACCUACAUCUUUAGCAUACAUACAUACAUCAUAACUACAUACAUCUACUAUCGCAACUUUCCACAACCACAAAACUUCCAUAUAAACGUGAUUUUGUAACCAAGAAGAAACGAAGAAGAAGACAAACAACAACAUCUAGGACAACAUUGCAACAAAGCAAGCAAGCAAGAACCAUUUUUAAGCAUAAGACUAACAGCAUAUAUAGAAAGAAACCACCAGCCCUCCUUCAAAAUUAAAAAAAGAAAUGAAAACUAUAACAUGAAAAUUCCACAUCAAAAGGACUCUAGCAGAAGAAGAAAAAACCUACUGAGAAAGAGAGUAAAUGGAAAGAUUUCUUUCUUACAAAGGAUACACCAGUUUGUUUUUUCACUUAACUACGAAACCACGAAGAAACUCUGAAACAAGCCGUAAGCAACUCUGCUAAUGAAUGAAAGCUGCCACAAUUAAAAAAAAAGACGACGAACGAGCCAAGUAACUUUCAUGCCACUACUUAAAGAACAGGAUGUUAAAAUAAGUAACCAGAAGAAAUCAUUCCACCACCGAUAAUUUUUUAACAAAAAAAAGAAAAAAACGAAACAAUGAGAAGAAGAAACUCACACACACACACACACCAAUCAAAAAAGUAUAUCAAUUGAGAAACGAAAAAAAAAACAAUUAAAUAAAAAUUAAACUCAAAACUAGUAGAAAAGCAGAAAAAACAAAAGAGGAGCAAAGAAUAUGCCACAAACAAUACAGGAGUAUAACUACUAUCAAACGCACUAACAACAACAACCAUUAAAUACAACUAGUCUUAGUCCUUCUUUUUUAUAACAAAACAAAACAAAAAAAUAACAACAACAAAAUAUGUUAAUGGAUGCCAGCUGAGUAAAAUUUCAUCACUGAAACUUAUUUGGAUAUUCCAAAAGCAAAGAAGGGAAUAUUCAAA